CAAAGCAGAAGAUGCCCACGGGAGCAGAAUGUCGGAGGUUUUCACUUAACACGACAGCCAGGGAUGAAUUUUUCUCCGGCAUUUCCAAAGCCGCACCGGCCAGGGACAAAGCCCCGAUCUAAGCCCUCAGAGUUACACAGCUGUAAAGCUACAAACCAGAACCAUCCCGAGACCCCAGAUGGUCAAGCAGCCUCCACCAUGCCAGCAUUUCCACCCCAGGGGCUGCCUCGGCAGGGACACGUUGGUGAGAAUCCCCCUCCCCAGGCGCCUGGGGGCAGCACGACGUGGCCAUCGGCACCGAGCCUGUGGCCAGCCCAGCCCUGCCAACAGCACCCGCUGGUUUUCGUCUAUGAGCAAAAAAAGUCACCUCCAGCUCCGGCCACCGAGACGGCUGCUGCUUCGGCCUCACAUGCGACGGCUGCUGAUGCCACGUCCCUGCCCACACCCACCCCGGUCACCACUCAGGCUGCUUCAAAGGCAAAUCCUCAGGGAUUUUUAGACAAAAGCAGCAAACCAGGGUGUGCAGCCACCCCAUCUGACCACAGCACCUUCGCUCCAGCUGCACAGCAAAGCCCACGUGUGGAAAAUUGUCAGCAACGCUCCAAAAACCCACCCCUCCUCCCCUUCCCUCCGGUCCCCUCCUGGCUCCCCGUGACGCCCGAGGAAAGCCAGGGAGCAACAGGAGCUGGUGUCCCACCUUCCUGCCUGGAAAUCAUCUCCCUGAAGGAAGGAUUCACCAUCACGACAUUUCCGAAGUCAAACCAGAGUCACCCACCCAGAGUCGGCAUCACCGUGAGAGCCCAGGCUCAGCGCCCACCAGUGGCUGUCAGGAGGGACCCCCCCAAAACACUGGGUGCCCAUAGGGGCACAGAGGGCAGAGCACCCCGGUCUGCACCCUUGCCUGGAGCCAAAUGGGUCCACAAAAUCCUGUAGAGCAAAACCUUCCACAGCACCAGCAACUCAAGAGGACGGCAGCAGCUCUUCCCCAGUGCUCGGGAGAAUUUUACCAAAAAGUACACUUCUGCUGCAAAGCAACCUUGUAAAGCUGCUUUUCAAUAUUAAAAAAAGUAUCUUGUUGUCAGGAAAAAAAAGGUAACUGUCCCAGCUGGAAAGAAGCAUCACAAGAAGGAUAUUUCACAGUUCAGUGGGAAGCUUGCUUGCUUGACUCAAGCCAAAAUAAACUACAAAGUCAGCCCCAAAGUAUGAGAUAUCCUAUAGUGCAGCUUUCCCAAUGGCACCGCGAGGAAACGAUGCAAAGGGCACUGUUCAUUAAAAUCAAAACAGUGAGAAUUAUCUUGGUGUUUCAGGAAAUGUUUUGCCAAAUGCUAACAGGCUGAGGAGCAUCCCAGACCCAA